CCUUCACUGCAGAGAACUGCACCCUGUCCACGAUGCUGACGGCAGAAGCGGCGACACUUUCUUUGUCGGCAGACGGGGAGAACUUGGACUGUUUUCGACGUUUCGUAGAUGCUGCCCUCAUUGUCCUCGUUCACUCCGACCACCUUGAACAUUCCGUCGGCGAUGUCUUGCUCACCAUCGUCAAAAAAGUGGAUGGCUGGCGGCACUUCGACAGUUCCUCACUGGCCAAGGAAAGCUCAGAUAGGCCCUGGUGGUAUCUUUCACUUCAAGGACUGCUGGGAGAGUACCUUGAAAGUGUCGUGGCAAGUUCGGCAUCGACUAUCCUCAAGCUGUGCUGCGAGGAUGAGCAGCAGUGGGUGCGGCAGGCAGAAAACGAAAUCCUCCAGGGCUCCCCUGUGACCUCGGAAAACGUUGCCGCUACGAGAAGUGUGUUCUGA